AUGGUCCCCAAGGUUGGAAUCAACGGUUUCGGUCGUAUUGGCCGCAUUGUCCUCCGCAAUGCCAUCGCCGACGGCAAUGUUGAGGUUGUCGCUGUCAACGACCCCUUCAUCGAGACCCACUAUGCUGCCUACAUGCUCAAGUACGACAGCACCCACGGUCAGUUCAAGGGCACCAUCGAGGUUGAUGGCACCAACGGCCUGAUCAUCAACGGCAAGAAGGUCCGCUUCUACACCGAGCGUGACCCCGCCAGCAUCCCCUGGUCCGAGACCGGUGCCACCUACGUUGUCGAGUCCACUGGUGUCUUCACCACCAAGGAGAAGGCCUCUGCUCACUUGAAGGGUGGUGCCAAGAAGGUCAUCAUCUCCGCCCCCUCUGCUGAUGCCCCCAUGUUCGUCAUGGGUGUCAACAACACCGAGUACAAGUCCGACAUUGACGUCCUCUCCAACGCCUCCUGCACCACCAACUGCCUGGCCCCUCUCGCCAAGGUUAUCAACGACAACUUCGGUCUCGUUGAGGGUCUGAUGACCACCGUCCACUCUUACACCGCUACGCAGAAGACCGUUGAUGGUCCCUCCGCUAAGGACUGGCGUGGUGGCCGCACUGCGGCCCAGAACAUCAUCCCCUCCUCCACCGGUGCCGCCAAGGCCGUCGGCAAGGUCAUUCCUUCCCUCAACGGCAAGCUCACCGGCAUGUCCAUGCGUGUGCCCACUGCCAACGUCUCCGUUGUUGACCUGACCUGCCGCAUCGAGAAGUCUGCCUCCUACGAUGAGAUCAAGGCUGUCAUCAAGAAGGCCUCCGAGAACGAGAUGAAGGGCAUCCUCGGCUACACCGAGGACGACAUCGUCUCCACUGACCUGAACGGUGAUGACCACUCCUCCAUCUUCGAUGCUAAGGCCGGUAUUGCUCUCAACGCCAACUUCAUCAAGCUGGUCUCCUGGUACGACAACGAGUGGGGCUACUCCCACCGUGUCGUUGACCUGAUCUCCUACAUUGCCAAGGUUGACGGCCAGUAG